AUGUCAGCAGUAGCUAUUGGCGCCGGUGUUGCCGUCGCUGCUUUCCUGGGUCGCGCCGGUCUCGUAGCAUGGCGUCGCUCGCGCGGCGGCGUUGGCGCUCUCGGCAAGGCUUUCUACAAGGGUGGUUUCGAGCCGCGGAUGAACAAGAAGGAGGCUUCGUUGAUUCUGUCUCUCAACGAGCGCGCCAUCACCAAGGACAAGAUCCGCAAGGCCCACCGCACCCUCAUGCUUCUCAACCAUCCCGAUCGUGGCGGCAGCCCUUACCUGGCCACCAAGGUCAACGAGGCCAAGGAGUUUUUGGAGAAGACCGUCUAA